UGCUGCUGUUCAUUUUGACAGAUUUUUGGUAAUCGAGAAAAUAUGGACACAGACUUUGUUCUCAAAAAUCACGCGCAUUAAAAGAAAUAUUUUUAAGCGGCAACCACUUUCCAUUCUUUCUUUUUUUUUCUACUUGAGCGCCUCUCAUUUGGCUAGCUUGAGCUUUAAAAUAACAAUAAUUCUAUUACACAACUUUCUUUUUGUCAAAUUGGAUGUAAAAAAGGAGGGGGAAUUGUUGGCCCAAUACUUACUUUUUAAACUAAAUGACUCAUUAAAUGUUUAACAUCAAUCAACAAUGAAGGCAGUUUCUUCUUUUUUAGUUUUAAAGAUUUUUAACCUGUUCAUUUUUGGGAAUUGUUUGAUUUGAUGAUGAAAUUUUACUCUUUUACCUUAUGAUUAAAUUUUAUUAAAGUAGACUCUUUUUUAUAAUCCAAAGGGAUAUUCAAAGGAUCCAAAGGACCAAAGGUUACCCCAAAGGAGUAUCCUCCAUACCUGCUCAGUAUAUGAUUUUGGUAUCCGUAUCUGGAUAUUUACGGUGGAUACAGGCGGAUAUUAUUAUCUGUAUCCAUAUCCGUAUCCAUGAGCAGGUUUGAAAUCCACAAUGAUUAGUCAGCCUCCGGAUCAGUGUUUGGAAGCUCGUACAAAAAUUCGUCCUCGUACCUGUGUACGAAGUACGAGUACGAGCAAAUUUCAAAAUUCAAUUACUGCUCAAAAUAUUCCCAUCCUCAAAUAAAAGCUCACCAACAAAUACAUUAUGACACCACCCAUCCAAUUCGGUGAGAGAGGGUUAUAAUUAAAGAUCUACAUAGGAUGGAAUCUCAUUUAGAAUUUCAUGAACCUCGUCCAAAACUCAAGGACUUUCCCCGAUUUGAAGUUUCGAGAAGGUUCACCCCUUCCCGUUCGGAAUUUUUGAACCCCAACCCCUAUGGGAUCUUGAAAUUCGAUUUUAAAAGUAAAUUUUUUGUUAUAACAAGAUUCAAAUUAUUCAUAAUUUCAUAACUAAAUAUUUCUAAAUUUUUGUUUUUAAUUUCAACUUUUUUCUAAAUUUUUCUUUAAAUUUAAAUCGCAACUCUUUAACCAUUUUUAUUUUCAUGUCCUUGAUGAUCUUUUUUCUUUAUUUUGUAUCUAAUAAAAUUCUUAAGCUUAAAAUUUCAAUCAA